AUGGCGGAAACUGAUGUUUCUCUGUUUAAUCUUACCACCGUUCUAGAGCAGGAUACGCAAGUGAAGCUCGCUGGAAUCGACGCAGAUGGGAUCCUGCGCGGGAAGCUUGUGUCCAAGCGGAAGUUUCUCAGCAUUGCGCAAAACGGGUUCGGCUUCUGCUCCGUAAUAUUUGGGUGGGACAUGCACGAUCAGACAUAUUUCAAGGAGCUGGGGGUAAGCAAUAAGGAAAAUGGAUAUCGAGAUAUGCUAGCAAUCCCUGAUCUUAGCAGUUUUCGGAGAAUACCGUGGGAAGAUAACGUAGCCUUCUUUUUGAUAAAUUUUUUCGACCCUGAGACCAAGGCGCCGAUAUCAGCUUGUCCGCGCGGGUUGUUGAGAGUCGCUGCUGAGAAGAUGGAGAAGAUUGGGUAUAGAGCUAUGGCUGGUGCGGAAUAUGAAUUCUACCAAUUUCGCGCGCCCCCGAAUCCUAAUACUGUCGAGCGAAACUCCUCUUCAACGGCCACUUUUCUCAGGGAGAAUCCAGUGAAUUCACUCCCUCCAUUGACGGAAGGAAUGUUUGGCUACAGUCUUACAAGGACUGUACAUAACCAGGAAUAUUACUAUAGAAUCUUCAACACGUGUCGGGAGUUCAAGUGUAAUAUCGAAAGCUGGCAUACUGAAAGUGGUCCGGGCGUUUUUGAAGCCGCUCUUGAAUUUGGGGAGAUCAAAGAAAUCGCCGAUCGCGCGAGCUUAUUCAAAAAUCGUAUGCGAACACGACUAACUCCCCAAAAUUUCAGAUACGUCGUGAAAUGCCUGGGUAGCAAAUACGGAAUCACGCCUGUAUUCAUGGCUAAACCACGGCAGGGGCUCCCAGGGAACAGCGGACAUAUGCACGUCUCCAUUAUGUCAAACGCCGGACAAAACAUGUUCGCCCGCGAGGUAGCCGAUCCCUCACCCCCAUAUCCCGAUGUGGCCUACCUCUCCGACAUGGGAAGGCACUUUCUUGCCGGCGUCCUCGACGGCCUACCAGAUGUCAUGCCUCUUUUCGCCCCCACCAUAAAUUCCUACAAGCGCCUUGUGGAAAACUUCUGGGCCCCGGUCACCGUUUCCUGGGGCUUAGAGCACAGAGCUGCGUCCAUCCGUGUCAUCACGCCACCCACAUCAUCGCCAAAUGGCACACGUCUCGAGGUGCGGGUCCCAGGUGCGGACGCAAACCCGCAUUAUGUCCUUGCCGCUAUCCUUGCUCUAGGUUGGCGGGGUGUGGAAAAGAAACUUGCCCUUCCUGUUCCGCCACUUCCUCGAGAGGCGGAUGUGGGCAGCCCAACUGACCAGGGAGUGCGGUUGGCUAAAACCCUGAAGGACGCGGUUGCCGUUUUCCUGCGGGAGGGAAGUGUUGCGAGGGAGGUUUUUGGAGAUGCGUUCGUGGAUCAUUUUGGGGGGACGAGGGAACAUGAGAUUCGUCUGUGGGAGGAAGCUGUGACGGAUUGGGAAGUCAAACGUUAUAUCGAAACGGUUUAG